AUGUCCGGCACACUCAUAUCUGCCCUCGUCUGGGUCCCAAAAGGUCGUGCGGCACUCAAACCAAAGAGAUAUAACCUAGAUGAAGACGAGAUACAAAGAGUGGGUAAGCUGGGUGGACCUGGGGCGUUGGAGAAGCUGCAGGAGGAGAUGGCCGAGGUGGAUCUGAGUGACGGGGAGCAGAAUCAAUCUGAAGGUGAGGACGACUCUGCCGCAGAAUCGAAAGACGACGAGGAUGGUCAAACGGAUGAUGAUGGAGAUGUGGAGAUGAAAGGGGAUCCAGAAUCAUCAAAUCCUAACGACUUGUCCGCUUUUAGAUUGGACAAAUAUGACGAAGAAGACUCCAAAGGUGUUGCUAUGGGAGCUUUUGCCAAUAUUAAAGGGUUAGCAUUUUACAAGGAUAACAAUGAUGAUCCGUAUAUCACCUUGAAAGAGGAUGACGAUGAUGAGGAGGAAGAAUUAGAACUUCUUCCAACCGACCAAAUGCUCAUUUCAGCACGUACAACAUCUGAUCUUUCCUCUAUCGACUUUCACGUUUAUGACGACCCUAACACUUCCCUCACAGUCCAUCAUGAUCUCCUUCUCCCUGCUUUCCCACUUUGUGUCGAAUGGUUAGAUUUUCCAUCUGGUUCAUCCACCCAUUCUGGAAAUUUCAUCGCUGUAGGAGGGUUCGAUCCAUCUAUCGAAAUAUGGGAUGCGGAUCUAAUUGAUGGUUUGUAUCCACAAGCAAUCCUUGGUCCAUCUCCAAUGAUGGAAAAACCCACAGCAAAAGCUUUAGGAACAGGAAAGAAAAAGAGAAAACAAAUUGUUGAACCUGCUGCUCAAGAUGAAUAUCAUACUCGACCCGUAUUAGGAUUAUCUUGGACACCUCAUCAUCGUAAUUUACUUUUAUCAUGUUCAGCCGAUGCGACUGUUAAAUUGUGGGAUUUGACAAGAGAAAGUCCUAUGACGGCUUUGAGAAGUUGGAAUGGUGUCCAUCAAGGUGAAGAAAGGGUUCAAGCUGUGGAAUGGAAUAAAAAUAUUGGAUCUGGAUUGGAUAAAGCUGUUUUAAGUGCUGGAGAGAGAACUGUUAAAGUUUGGGAUACGAGGAGUGUUGAAGAUUGGAUAGGUGUAAAGUUGAGUAGUGAUGUGGAAUGUGUCAAAUGGGAUCCAUGGGCAUCAACAUCUUUCUACGUAUCACUAGAAAACGGUCUCAUACUAGCAUACGACUCACGUACACUUUCCUCCUCCCCUGGAUCACUUUCAUCCGCUCAACCAAAAUAUACAAUAUCAGCACACGAUUCCGCCGCCUCUGCACUAGAUGUCAGUCCUCAUAUUCCCGGUUUACUAUUAACGGGCGGACAAGAUAAACUGGUGAAAUUAUGGAAUAUACUAGAAGAAGAAACCGAAGGUCGUCAAAGGGAAAUCAGUAUGGUGACAUCUAGAGAUCUUGGAGUAGGUAAAGUUUUCACUGCUCGAUUUUCUCCAGAUCCAGAUACACCGCUCACUCUUGCCGCAGCGGGUAGUAGGGCCGUGGUACAGAUUUGGGAUGCUGCUAGUAAUCCAGGUGCUAGGAAAGCUUUUGGUGAAAGGUUAUCAAAGAUGGGUCGAAGAUUAGGAGAAGUCAAGAAAGGUGGUGGAGUUGUAGGUGUUGUAGAUGAAAGUGAUGAGGAUGAUUAG